ACUCCCACAUCCCACGUCAAAAUGCAGCACCAAUUCGAGCCAUUGAAGAACGACCUCUUGCUGAGGGCCGCCCGAGGCGAACAAGUGCCACGUCCUCCGAUAUGGGUGAUGCGGCAAGCUGGUCGCUACCUCCCCGAGUACCAUGAAGCCAAGGCCGGUCGCGACUUCUUCGAAUGCUGCCGUGACCCCGAGGUCGCAUCGACGCUGACCCUCCAGCCCAUCGACCGGUAUGAGGGACUCAUCGACGCCGCGAUCAUCUUCUCGGACAUCCUCGUCAUUCCGCAGGCAAUGGGAAUGCAGGUGGAGAUGGUCGACAAGAAGGGCCCUCACUUCCCGGAACCGCUGCAGUCGCCGGACGACGGACAGUACGAGAAGGUGAUGCAGAAGGCGGUGGACGUCCAGGCGGAGCUCGACUACGUCUACAAGGCCAUCACACUCACCCGCCACAAGCUGCAGGGCCGCGUGCCAUUGAUCGGCUUCUGCGGUGCCCCGUGGACUCUGCUGUGCUACAUGGUCGAGGGCGGCGGCUCGAAGUUCUUCGUUCAGUCGAAGAAGUGGAUCUACAAGUACCCCAAGGAGACGCAGGCUCUGCUGCAGAAGAUUGCCGAGAUCUGCGUCGACUACCUGGCUCUCCAGGUCGCGGCCGGUGCCCAGCUGGUGCAGGUGUUUGACUCGUGGGCUGGCGAGCUGUCUCCCGCCACUUUCAAGGCGUUCUCGCUUCCAUACCUGCGUCACAUCUCGGCCAAUCUGCCCAAGAAGCUGCAGGAGAUGGGGCUCGAGCCUGUCCCCAUGACGGUCUUCGCCAAGGGUGCCUGGUUCGGUCUGGAGGAUCUCUGCGAGUCCGGCUACAACGUUGUCGGUUUGGAUUGGCUGCAUGAUCCCGCUGAGGCUUACCGGAUUGCCAAUGGCCGCGUGACUAUCCAGGGCAAUGCUGAUCCGGGCAUCCUGUACGGAGGUCGUCAGGCUAUCACGGAGGCUGUGGAGAACAUGGCCCGCGGCUUCCAGAAGGGCAAGCGGGGCUGGAUCGCCAACCUCGGUCACGGUGUGACCCCCUUCGUCAACCCGGACGACCUCAAGUUCUACUUCGAGGAGAUCCACCGCCUGACGGUCUGAAAAGGUGGCUUAACGUGAUGAUCAUGGCUGGCGUAUGAUUUCUGACUAUAUACAUGAACACUACUGCCCUCUACCCCUUUAAAACGUCCGCUUCUCCGUGCGAUCAUACGAUCAAUCAAAACUUAGACAGCAAUAUCCUCGUUCC